AGUCAAUUUUGGCAACAAUAAGUAAAUACUUACAGUGGCUAUAGUGAGUACAAUCUGAGAGAUGCCCUUCUUUACAGAUAAUGCUCCUGGAAAGAAAGGAAGAAAGAAAAAGAAAGCAGGGCCACUAUCACGACCUAUCAUCUGUAUUUGUAAUGAUCAGUAUGCACCUGCUCUGCGUCAGUUGCGUCAAGUCGCAUUUUUAGUGGCAUUUCCAUCAACUAUUCCUAGUCGUCUGGCUACUCGUCUAUUGGAGAUAUCCAGACAAGAGUCAGUCAAUACAGAUAUGACGACUUUGACGUCGUUAUGUGAGAAAACUGACAAUGAUAUUAGGUCUUGCUUAAACACCCUCCAGUUUAUACACAAAAGACAUGGAAGGGUGUGGCUUGAGCAUGUGCAGUCAAUGGACAUUGGUCAGAAGGACUCCCACCGCAGUUUGUUUUCCAUAUGGCAAGAGAUCUUCCAGCUACCCAAACCAAAACGUCGUCGCUUUGCUGCCAUUGCAAACAAUGAAAAUCAAAAUAGUCUAGCCAAUAACAGGGAACUGCUUUCCAUGGGAGCUCUAGAAGGAAAUGUCAGUAAUGCUAAUGAACAGCGAGGAAUGACAUCCCUAUCGAGCCGUUUCCAUACAGUUCUACAUUCUGCUAUGUCAAGUGGACAGUAUGAGAAAGUGGCACAAGGUUUAUUUGAGAACUAUUUGCAAGUGAAGUUUAAAGAUCCCAGCUUCGAAGUGGUGGUCUCUGGAACAGAGUGGUUGGAAUUCUCUGACUUUGUAGAACAAGCAGUGUUACAGCGUCAGAGUUACAUCCUUCAGGGCUACAGUCCUUUCCUUUCAGUAGCCUUUCACUUGUUUUAUGCCAGUCAGGCACACUCGAAGCUAAGGUACCCCAGCAGUCAAUAUGAGAGUCAUCUUAAAGAAACGAAAACCAAGAACCUUGUAAACACAAUCAAGAAUGAGUCAUCCCCUCACAUCCGGCAGAAUAUAAGUGUUCGCACGGCCUGCCUUGAGCUGCUGCCGUUCAUAUUAGAGGUGAUCACACCAACACUGAGACCGGUUAACACUCAGUUGUUUUCAGCUCGGGAAAAGCAGCAACUUGCAGAGCUGAUCGAUACCAUGAUUGGCUACAAUCUAACUUACCAUCAAGAAAGGAAUUUUGAAGGACAAUACACUUAUGUAUUGGAUCCGAAUGUCGAAGAAGCUGUGAAAUUUUCAGGUUUGCCUCAACACAGACAGUUGACUUAUGCUAACAAGCAACUGAUAGCAAGAGAGAUUGAGCUCGAGAAGAUGAGAAGAGCAGAAAAAGCUUUGACAGCUCACGUGGACGUUAAUUGCCCCGUUAUCACCAGCAGUUCGAAGAAGAAGCCAGAAGAAACAAAGCCUAAGAAGCCUGUGGUUGUGUUGUCUUUGGAUACGAGUAAAGCGAAACCAAGAGAGGCAAAACCUGCUUUGGACUUCUUUGGUCGCCCAAUAAAGGUUAAACCAAAGCUUACAGAGGGCGAGACAAGCGGCCAUUCAGCUCAGUCAAAGCCAAGUGCUAUUUGGUUUCGCUUUAAUGAAGGAUACAGUAAUGCUAUGAAAAUCAAAUAG